AUGAACAAACUCACUUCGUACCUCCUUUUCAGGCAGAUGACUGUCUACUUCAUUAUCGGGGGAAUUCUCAUCACUGUGCUAUCUUCGAUACCGGUGGCUGGUGCAUUGUACCUGAGCUAUUUAGUUCGCCCUGAAAGACUUCCUCUGCUUCUGAUCUCAUUUGAAAUUGGAAUUCACGCCAGGAAAUUGUCCUGUUCGCCAUAUUUAUUUGCCUUUCUCUGUCAGACGGUGUUCUUUUAUACGGGGCAAUCGAGCAAUAUGUCGUCCAUCGACUUCGCUGCUGGAUUCAAAGGUCUUUCAUCCUAUGACGUUGUGCUGGUUUUCUUUCAAAUUUUCGCCAAUUUCUACGCCACG